UUGUAAGAAACGGGACAGCAGUUUUGGAAUAAACUGUUGAAGACAGAGUGCAGUUUGUCCCCUACUUCCCCACCGCCCCCACCCUUCCGAGCUAACAGCGAGCUACGUGAUUGGUCCAGGCCUGAAAAACAGCCUUCAGGAUCUAGAAUGUUUUACAGGCCUUGCAUUCGCACCCUGAGAAAUAUUACCUAAUUUCAUAAUAAGACUGCGGAAAUACUGUUCGAGCCCGAAAAGUGGAAUUUAAAAAAGACAGUAGUGACUUGGUUUGGUAAGUAUAUAUUACAUGUAAUGCAAUAUGACGAUGGGGCCUUGUCACGAAGGCCUAUGGGCCUCCACCCCAGUCGAAAAAACAACAACAAUGGUGGCUAGCUAGCCGUCGAUAGCUAACUAGCUGUGCUAACUAACGACAUAGCUAGCUAGCUCGGAAAUAUAUUGUGACUUUUGCAAGACGAUAUUCAUUUGUGCCAUCUUCCAUUGCACACUUUCUAAAGUAUGGUGGGUUUACUGCGUUUAUUUUACUAAUGAUAUCGAUUGCAAUUGCUGGGAAUGCUAUUGCUAGCUAGUUAGCUCGCUAAUUUAGCCCAACAAUGAGAGCAGAAAAUAUGCAUUGCGGUCAGGAUGUCGCAGAGCGUCAGUCUUGCACGCUUGUUGUUGGAGUCUUGAAACAAGCGCAUAGCUUGGAUUUCAUUAAAUAUUUAGCAUAGAUUCAUGUUUAUCAUUUAGCAUCGCAUUCAUGCAUAUCCAUUAUUUUUGCUAGAUUCACCGUGCGCACUCAAGCGCCUUUGUUGUCGGGGUUCUGUGUCCAUAAUGUAAACAGAAGCCGCCAUAUUUAAUGCGUCUGCGCGCGCUCUACGGUCAACCAACUACUGCACUGGGCGAAAACAGUGCGUGUGAAUGUCUAGCCAGCCACAUUGGACACUUUCCCGUAUCUGUCACUGUAACCACAGCCACAGAUAGAACAAGGUGAAAUAUCUAUGCUAGAGUGGUUACAAAGUGGCAUUGAUUCAUUACUGUCACCCAGAGUACAAAUUAGUCCUGGAGGCAUGUUUUUUUUUUGGUGCCAGAAGUGUCCCUUUACUUGUCACACCAUUUAUAACACUACUCAAUUUAUCCAAACCAAGGAGUAUCACCUGUUAGCUUUUUGCUUCCCAUUAGAUUUAUCAAUGCAUCAUCAACCACAUUACUUCUGCAUUUAUCCAAUAGUUUACCCUCUAAUUUUUACAUUUAGUAAUUUAGCAGACACUGUUUUCCAGAGCGACUUACAGGAGCAAUUAGGGUUAAGUACCUUGCUCAAGGGCAUAUUGACAGAUUUUUCACCAAGUUGGCUCGGGGAUUCUAACCAGCGACCUUUCGGUUACUGGCCUAAACGCUAGGCUACCAGCCGACCCCAAACCAUAAUGUCUCCUGAUACUAAGACAUUAUAAAGGCAUAUUCUUAUAAGUAAUAAAGCAUUAUAGCUGUCUGUUUUAUUUCCAUUACAACAAUUAUAUUUCAGGAUAGAUAAAAUCAUUGAAGCUGAUGGAUCUGUUAUGUGUUUUUCUUUUCUCUAUUUCAGGUGUUUCUCCUCCCUGGCUGAUUAAAAAAGCAUAACACUUCCCUGAUGGUUUGAGAGCUCAGAAUCAAAUGUUAGUGCUGAAAUACUGUCAUUAACAUUUUGUUAAAGUUUUAAUGUCACAUGGACAAGUACAGUGAAAUGCCUUUCUUGCAAGCUCCAAACCCAACAAUGCAGUAUUCAAUGUUAAUGUUUAUUCAGCAUUGAUGAAGAUCAGUCUGAUUAUUUAAUUGAAUCAAUGUGUUGACACAUUUGUAAUGAGUUAUGCAUUGAGGUCCUACUUUAUCUGAUAAAAUUAGAUCAACUUAAUCAUUUACAUUACAUUUACGUCAUUUAGCAGACGCUGUUAUCCAGAGCGACUUACAGUUAGUGCAUUCAUCUUAAGAUAGCUAGGUUGGACAACCACAUAUCACAGUCAUAGUAAGUACAUUUUUCCUCAAAGUAGCUACCAGCAAAGUCAGAGCUAGUAAGAAAACAAAAAAAAAUCUUCCUAAUUUGUGUUUGUAGCAGACAAGAGAAAAAGAGAAUGGACCACGGUGGAGGGGUCUUGAACUUUCAGAUGCAGGACUCAAAGAUGCCACACACAAUGAUAAUGCAGGAUUUUGGUAUGUCCACUCUAUCAAUGCAGAGAACUAAUACUCCAUGGCCUUUUGUUUAUUUGAUUUUUGUCUGUGUGUGCUCAAACUGAUAAGAGUAACAGUUCUUCCUGACUUCCCCAGUGGCAGGUAUGGGUGGCAUGGCCCACAUUGACGGUGACCACAUUGUGGUGUCUGUGCCAGAGGCGGUGCUGGUGUCAGACGUGGUGACUGACGAGGAGGGCAUCACGUUUGAGCAUGACCUAGGGUCAGAGGUUGUAGAGGGGCCAGACAUCUGCUGCAGCGACGAGCCUGACGGCAUAAUCAUGACUGAGUCGGUCCUGGGGGCCGAGGUGGCCAUUGAGGAAGUGCUGGAUUCUGACCACCAUCACCAUGUACUGACAUCAGAUCUCGUAGAGGAAUCUGACAGGGUACCUGACCAGGUGUUUGAGAUUGUCACUGAGGAGGUCAUGGUCUCGAACUGCAACUCAGAGACGUAUAUAGAGGAGCAGGAGGAGAUAGAAGAAUCUGCAGUCACCAUCCAGGAGCAGGACGACGAGGCUGGAGGGUGUGUCUCCGAGGACUACCUGAUGAUCUCCUGUAAGACACAUACGUCUUCUUUUCUUGGUACUACUAGACUGCUCCAACACAACUUUUGACUCUAAUAAUAGGAUGAAUCUGAUAAUGUAUAAUGAUGACUGUGCUAUUGUUUGUGCAGUGGACGAUGGUGGGGAGAAGUUGGACAUGGAGGACACGCCCCUGAAGAUGGGUUCUGAGGUGAUGCCUGAGGAGGAUGGCUCCAAAGAGGGCGAUUACGACUCUGAGUGCAUCAAAGUCUACAUCUUCAAGGCAGAGGCUGAUGAUGAUGUUGACAUAGGUAAGGACUCUUACAUUGCUAUUAUUUGGCUUUCUGAAAGUUACACCUCUGUUCAGUUUCCCUGACUUCAUACAUUUACUGUGAGUGCAGGUGGCACAGAGAUUGUAGCUGAAAGUGACUUACACAACAGUCAUGCAAUGCUGGAGACUGGGGGCAUUGGCAAGCUGUCUCGAGAGAAGAUGGUCUACAUGGCAGUGAAAGACCCGUCCCAGGAGGAUUCAGAGAUCAGUGAGUCACCUGAAUUAGCAGCCUUUCCUCCAAUCCCUUAUACAGCACAACAUAUUAAACGAUAUGGCUGCCUUAUUCUUUUUGUCCCAAUAGAUGGUGGUAGUGUUAAAUGAAGUGACUGAGUUUUCCUUGUCUGUGAGCAGACUGCACUGAGAUGGCAGAUGAGGUGUACAUGGAGGUGAUAGUGGGAGAGGAGGAUGCCCCUGCCAUCCAGGACUCACUGGACGACCCCAGCCACAAUAAGAACUUUGGCACCGUAGCCUGGGCUGCAGCUUAUGGUAAAGCCUACUCCUUUUCUCCAUAGACACAUGUUUUUCAGAGACAUUCAUUCAGUAUGGCGUAAGAUAGUAUUAUACAUUUAGAUUUUGUUCACGUCACGAUUUUUAAGUGUGUUGAGUUGGUGGAUGUUGUAUGGACAUAGGCUCAAAAUAAUCUUCUCUAGGUAACAGUCUGGACUCCAGGCUGGAGAACAAGAACAACACAGGGACACAUUACCUGAAGAUCAGUGACAGCCUGAGUACAAGUAGAGCUCUCAAACAGAAGAUCAAUAAAAAGAAAAAGGGAGAGACACGUCAGUGUCAGACAGGUAUGGGCUUCUAUGUUCAUUGAAGCAUUUUCUAAAAGCUUGCAUAAUAUUGUAAGAUUAUACUUUUAUUUUUUAGAUGUAUGCCUAACAAUUCUUGUUAUUUUUUGCUUCCACACUUUUCCUCAGCUGUGAUCAUUGGUCCAGAUGGCCAGCCUCUGACUGUGUACCCCUGCCACAUCUGCGGGAAGAAGUUCAGAUCGCGAGGCUUCCUGAAGAUCCACAUGAAGAACCACCCGGACCACAUCUUCAAGAAGAAAUACCAGUGCACAGACUGCGAUUUCACCACCAACAAGAAGGUCAACUUCCACAACCACCUGGAGGGCCACAAGCUCAUAGUGAAGAGUGACCGGGUCCCAGAGUUCACUGAGGUCACGCGGCGUUACUGUGUGGAGAGCCCCCUCAGCUCCAAUAAGCUCAUCCUACGUGACCAGGAGCCCAAGCUGCACCACUGUAAGUACUGUGACUAUGAGACAGCCGAGCAGGGCCUGCUCAACCGCCACAUGCUGGCUGUCCACAGCAAGAGCUUUGCCCAUGUGUGUGUGGAGUGUGCUAAAGGUUUCCGCCACCCCUCUGAGCUCAAAAAGCACAUGAGGACCCACACGGGUGAGAAGCCCUACCACUGCCAGCACUGUGAGUUCCGCUGUGCCGACCAGUCUAACCUGAAGACCCACAUAAAGAGCAAGCACGGAGCGGAGCUGCCCUUCAAGUGUGGCCACUGUCCCCAGGCCUUCCCUGACGAGCGGGAGCUGGAGAAGCACAUGGAGAUCUUCCAGGGCCACAAGACGCACAAGUGUCCGCACUGCGAGCACAAGAGCACCAACUCCAGCGACCUGAAGCGCCACAUCAUCUCCGUGCACACAAAGGACUUCCCUCACAAGUGUGACGUGUGUGAGAAGGGCUUCCACCGGCCCUCGGAGCUGAAAAAACACACAGAGACUCACAAAGGUGCCAGGCUGCACCAAUGCCGCCACUGUGACUUCAAGACCCCAGACCCCUUCAUACUCAGUCGCCACAUCCUGUCCGUCCACACCAAAGACUUGCCCUUCAAGUGCAAGCGCUGCCGACGGGGCUUCAGGCAUCAGCUGGAACUGAAGAAGCACAUGAAGACCCACAGUGGGCGUAAAGUGUACCAGUGCCAGUACUGUGAGUACAGCUCCUCGGACGCUUCAGGUUUCAAACGGCACGUCAUAUCCAUCCACACUAAGGACUAUCCCCACCGCUGUGACUACUGCACUAAAGGCUUCCGUAGGCCCUCUGAAAAGAGCCAGCACAUUGCGCGUCAUCACAAGGAUGUUUUAAUGUAGAGUGCUUCUUCACACACCCUUUCCACUAUUCAGAACAAUCCUAUUCUCACUCACUAUAGAGCAGGGAAAUAAAAUGGUUUCAAUGUGAUAAAGGAUGACAAUUGUCACAUUUUCUUACAACUGCAUUAGUAAUUUAUUAACUUGUCCUCCCAUCACCAUUAGUACUCAAACCUGGGGUGAUAUUCAAACAAACCUCAAGUCAGGUAAAUCCUGAAUCAGAACAUUACUGAAAGCACAUAUUUUCUCAGUAGUAUGCUUAUCUGAUGCCUGGAUUGUUUGAAUAGCACACCACUUGGUGUAUGCAGUAUCAGUGGUAAGAUAAUGCUUUAAUUUGAUUUUAACUAAUGCAGUGUUUGACGGUUGACUGUAUUCUCACUUUUGACCUUGGGGUAACCGUUCUCUGACAAGUCUUGUAUGAUUUUUUGUAAUGCUACUGCUAGCAAUAAAUUGUGAAAAACAUGCAUUUAAAGACCCAGUUAUUAUUUCAAAUGUAAACAGUCAUCUGCAUCAGUUUUCUCUGUAUUCAAAAGCAUGGAAAGGAUGUGGACGACCCAGCUUUUUACUCGUAUUUGUCCAUUGUGCUUUGAAAUAAUCGCUUGUCAAACAAUCAGGGGUUUUAAUUUUUCAUCUUGCUCAAAGCCAAUAACAUGUUUACUAUCAGGAAUAUCUCAUGUAUCAGAUCCAAAUCAGUGUUAUCUAAUCUCAUGUCUGUCAACUGAAAUGUUAGGAGCUUCUUUAGUAAAUAAAAACAUCUCCUGAUCAAUUGUUCACCUCAACCUAUUACUUUCAUUCACUCUUUUUGCCAUCAUUCAGUAACAAAGAAUGUACCAUUUGUGUUAAGAUGACAGUGCUUUGCAUCUUACAAUAAGGGCGACACCAAGUCAUCCCAUGAUUGACCUAGAGGUGAAAUCAAGAUUGUAUUUUGUUUAUUGAUUUAAAAUUAUUAAUAUCUGACUUGUAGAAAAUAAAUGUUCUUUUUGAAAGACUAUCUUUAAUUGAUUUUGCAUGACUAUUACCAUGGUAAGUCCAAUUGUAUAAAUCAGGGGUUCCCAAACUUUUUU